UGGAAGUGUUGGACGCCUCACGGUGUUGAGAAUCGCUCGUUUUUUUUUUUGGUUUUGGGUGGAGGGCCCAAUGAAAUGGGGUCGAAUUUUCGACUGUUUAACAUUGAGUGUUGAUCGCUUUCGAAGAUAGUGAACUUACCUGUGAACGGAGCAAUUGGACAAAUUUCGCGAAUCAUCUCGCUCUCUUCAAACUGUUCGAAACACUGCGAAACGCAAAUGCGAGGUCUGCCCCCUGCAGUGCAAUUAAGACGAGCGAAAAGGUACGUUUCAGGCAACUCUGCGCGAGGACGCCAACGACAACUCCUGGGGCGACGCUUACAGGAUUGUUAUGGCCAAGACGUGCAGCGGGGGUGUGCCGCAGGAAACGUGCCCGAACAAACUGCUCGAAAUCGUCAACGCGUCUCACAGCACGAAAAAGUCACGUGGCCAAGGGUUUCCAUAUGGCUGGGAUACGUGUGAGAAGAAGCAGAUUUCGAAGGUAGAACUGCAGGAUAUUACUAAGUCGCUCCAGUUGAACAAAGCUCCGGGUCCGGAUGGCAUCCCGAACGUAACAGUGAAAGUCGCGCUCAUGAAACACCCUGAAAUGUUCCAGUCAUCACUGAAGAAGGUGGUCCAGAGCAGGAUACGGUUCUACACCGAGGGCGUGCACAGCGUUUCCGAUAACAGUUUGGUUUUCGGAAAGGCCGCAGCACGGUGGAUGCCAUUCGACUAGUCAUGGAAAGAGCAGAC